CCAAAAAGCAUUUUUACCUCCAAAAAUUUUGAAAUUCUCCCGCGUCAUCCUCUCCUCCUCCAUUUUCUUCUCCCUCAAACGCCAUUCAAUACUAUUCAACCUUCUGCAAUUUCUCAAAUUGAGGGCACAGAGAGCGAAAGAGCACAAAAUGGCGAAAAUGGGAAAGCCAAGCCGCUCGAAAAAACAAGAGACCGCCUGCAAAGGAAAAGUAACUCCGGCCCAGAUCGCGUUCAUUGUGGAUCGUUACCUUUCUGAAAACAAUUACACCAAUACGCACACUGCUUUCCGGUCCGAUGCUUCAAGCCUUAUCCCCAAAUCUCAAGUGCAAGAAGUUCCAAAGAGCUUGUUGAGCUUAGACUCGAUUCUGGACGAGUACAUAACGCUCAAGGAGCAGAAGGUUUGGGUGGACCAUGAACGGCGUCGUUUGGAGCAGGAAAAGCUGCGGGUGCACAAUUUGUUGAGUGGGAUGCAGAGCGUGAUGAAUGUUUACAACUCCGGCGAAAAUGCUGCUGCUACCCCUCCACAUGCGCUGCCUCUGGCUGCUGGUGGAUCUGCGGCCAUGGCUUCUCAUGCUGAGGCUGGCGUUGCAAGGCCCACAGGCCAAUACCCUAUGUACAACAGUCCAGCUUUGAUGUCCACAACAAAGCCCUCAAACAUUCAGAAAGACCAUGCAACCGCAAAAAGGAAAGAGUCCAUAGAUAUGCCCCAUGGCCCCGUGAUUUUGAAGAAAUCUCGCAAGUGCCCACAAAACAGAGAUAAUAGUUUAGCUACAAAAUCGAGUGGUGCAAAAAUCAACCAAGAGAAACCUCUACUUAAUUCUGCAGCUCAGUCAUGUGCUUGUGAUAAUGCUCCUAAUGGGUCAAAUGUCGUAAAAUGUCUUUUCAAUCACGAACCUCUUUCUACUCCACCAAAUGCAUCUGUUCCUAAAACGCCCCCACGAGCUUCUUCAUCCCAGACCGAGAAAUCCGGUUCACCUUUCGAAGCUUGUUCGACCGCUACUUCCAUUAAAGGCAAUAAUAAUAAUAAUACCUCUCCUCAGGUCAUGUCUUCUAAUUGCACAACGAUAAUAUCUUCAGAAACAAUCAGGGUCAGUCCCAACAAGCAAAUAUCUUAUUACUCGAUAGAGAAAAACCAAAUAACUUGUUCCCCGCUAAAGGCAAACACAAAGGGUGGUUCUAGCACAAAAAAAGAUCAUCAUGUCAGGGGGAGACUCGAUUUCGGAACUUCUGAAAUGCCGAUGAUUACAGAGAACUUAAGCCCGAACGCGACUUUAACGUCUGAAUCUGAGGGAGGGGAUAUUCUUGACUUGGAUUUGGAUGCUUUAGGCUUGGACUUCAAUCUUUCGGAAUUUCUGAUUGAUUUAGAUAUGUCAAGUGAAGGAUUGGGUUUGCCAUCAAAUCAAGGACUGGAUUCAUCUCCAGAUUGUCACUCAUGGUCGCCUUCUAAAGCAGGCAAAGCUGAAAUGGGUUCUAGACAAGUCACACCAGAUAUGAUUUGCAUGGGUUCAGAUUCUAUUACUGCCAUGAGGUCGGUUACUAAAUGUAUCACCAUCGUUAGCCCUGGUAAUUUUCUGUUCUAG